UUCGCCCGAAUGGAAGAGUUCACCACAAAUGACAACAAAAUGGUGUUCACCGAAGACCUCAAGAAUGUUAUCUUUUUGUCCGAAAGUAAUGAACACGAGUUAAAACUGAUGAGCGAUGCCAUCAAGAAGUUUCACACACAGAACCAAUCGCUACAAUUCGGGACAUUUGUUUUUGGACCAAUUGUUUUCAGGCUUUUGCACCACUUGUCUGAAUGGCAAUUAGCUCUUCAACUCUUUAAAGAUCCCGAAUUGAAGGGAUUUUUUAGUCAAAUCAAAACGACAGUCAUUUUAAUGAAUUUACUGUUCAUUAAUGGUAAAUACGAAGAGUGCGCCGAAGUCUUCAAAUACAUCCAAACCGAGAACCACUUCGAGACCAAAUACCCGCGCGAUUGCCUCCUCUUAUACAUGGCGUCUGUCUAUAAGAUUAAUACGCCGGAAGUGUUUGACGAGGCGUUAGAAGUGCUGCGAAAGGCUCGAGAGGCCGGAGCUGUGGUCUCGAGAAAAACGAUCUGUUUGUUCGCCUCUUUGGCUUUAAACCAGAAUCAGCCGAACACUGCGCUCGAGAUUAUGUCACUCUUGACGCAAACCAAUUACAUUACUGUCAGAAACUUAAGACUUAUGGCUCUCUCGGAUUUGAACCGAUUUGACGAUCUCUUCAUUACACUAAAAGUGUUACUCAAUCGAGACGUUCCCUCAUUGAAGGCCACGACCGGACAGAUUCUCGACGAAACGAUGAACCGAAUUAAGUCGAAAAUGAGCGAAUCUAACGAUCAGAAUGUGGUGACAGAGUUCCAGCAGAUCGAGAGCGGUCUCGUCGACGGCAAUCACAUAACGACCACUUCAUUGAGUGAUUUGCUGUUAAGUCCGGUAACACUGAGGACAGACCUCCCGCCCAGAGAUGGACAGAGGCAACAGUUUGAACGACAAAGAGGUUUUCGAAACCCCGGCGUUCAACAGACUUAUAGACAACGGCCACAAAGUCGGGCCAACGAAGAGUUUUAGCGUUGAAUUGUCGCGUAUUUAAUGCAGUCAUUUAUUUUAUACAUUUGUAACUGAAUGUUAGCAUUAAUUAUGAGUUUAAUAAAUUAAAGUCGAUUUAUACUGU